AUGAUGAAACUACGAUUAUCCUCUGCACUUACGCCGCUGGUCGGCCUACUAUCCAUUGUUCAUGCUCUCGAUCUCACCGUGGCCAAUGUGGAUUCUGUCAAGUCGGCUGCUGCUACCAUUGCAUAUGACAUGAUGACAUACUAUCACGGUAACGAGACCGGUGGAACUCCAGGCCUGUUGCCGGGCCCUUGUGCUGAUGUAGCAUGCUACUACUGGUGGGAAGCCGGCGCCAUGUUCGGCUCCCUGAUCAAUUACUGGGAGUAUACGGGAGAUGACAGUUACAAUCCAGUUGUAAAAGAAGCUCUGGCGUUCCAGAGAGGCGAGGACGAAAACUACAACCCGCGCAAUCAGAGCAAGAAUAUGGGUGUCGAUGAUCAAGAUUUCUGGGCUUUUGCUGCCAUGGAUGCUGCAGAAGCUAAUUUCCCCGAGGCCGGAGGUGAUAUCCCAUCAUGGUUGACUCUUGCUCAGGCCGUCUUCAACUUUCAAAAACAACUUUGGGACAAUGCAACAUGCGGUGGCGGUAUGAGAUGGCAAGUCUAUUCGUUCAACCCCGGCUACGAAUUGAAGAACACCAUCUCCAAUGGAGGUAAUUUCCAACUGGCUGCCCGUCUUGCUCGAUACACUGGGAAUCAGUCAUACGCCGAUUGGGCAGAACAAAUGUGGAAUUGGAUGGAGCAGAGUCCAUUGCUCCAAGUUCAGGACAACAUUCUUUAUGUCUGGGACAACACCAACGCCGACAACGGUUGUGUCGAUGUUGAACAUUUUGCAUGGAGUUACAACUAUGGAACUCUGUUGAUGGGAGCAGCCAACAUGUACAACUUCACCAAUGGCGCCGAACCCUGGGGCCAGCGGGUGCAACAGAUCUUGGACGGUGCCUUUUUCUUGUUCUUCCCUCAAGAGUACGGUGGCAACAUCAUGACCGAAUUCCAGUGUGAGCCUAUCGGUGCCAAUGGCAACUGCAACAAUGAUCAAAGCAGUUUCAAGGCCUAUCUUUCUCGAUGGCUCGCGGUCACGAGUGUAUUGGUUCCAAGCACCGCUGCUCAAAUCAUACCUAAGCUGCAAGCAAGUGCUGAAGCCGCGGCCAAACAAUGUGUUGGUGGGGACAAUGGCAAACAAUGUGGUCGUCGGUGGUACGCCAACGGUGUUUGGGACGGUACCAAAGGUGUGGGUCAACAGAUGCAAGCGUUGGCAGUUAUCGGAGCCACACAAAUGACCCCCAACAUUGCACCCAAGAGUGCCACCACUGGUGGUACUUCUGAGAGUGACCCAGAUGCUGGCAAUGACAUUGACACGGCCCCCGAGAUCAAGUUCGCCCCUCUGACGACGGGCGACAAGGCAGGCGCCAGUAUCCUGACAAUUUUGAUCGUCAUCUCAGUUGUUGGUGGUGGUAUCUGGAUCAUCUUGUAG